GCGGGGAGCGGGGCCGGGCCCCACGGCGGCGGCGGCGGCGGCGGUAGGAGCGGCGGAGAUCCGCCCCGAGACGGCGCCCCCCUGCUGUGAGGCCGACGGCAGCACCAUGAGGGAGAACUUCGACGCCCUGCUGGCCCUGGGCGUUCCCAUCGCCAAACCGGAGCCGGUGCCGCAGGCAGAGGAGCCGUGUGCCGGGGCACAGCUGGAGGACAGCGAGGCACCUGGAUGUGCCGGCUCAGUGAGGCUGCUGGUGCCCAAGGAAGAGGUGCUGCCCGAGAGCGAUGCCGAUGGCAGCGGUGCCACGGGUGCCACGCAGGGGCCCGAGCUCGGCUGCUCAGAGGACUGGCUGGUACGGAAGGUGAAGGUGGAGGAAGAGGAUGAGGAGUGGGCGGCCGGGCUGGGCGCUGAGGCCCUGUUGGCGGGGCAGCCCCCGGGCAGCGCCUGCAAGCCGGAGCCGAUGGAGGAGCCGGAGCUGCCAGAAGAGCCGGGGGAGCUGGGCUACGGCACGCUGCCCGCCUUCGCGUGGCCGCUGCUGGGCGAGGGUCCGGCCGGCGCCUGCCAACACUGCUGCUGCGCGGCGCAGUGCGGGCAGUGCGUGCCCCCGGCCCCCGCCCCGCCGCGGCCCUUCGCCUGCGCGCAGUGUGGGAAGGGCUUCGGCAAGAAGGCGCACCUGACGCGGCACCUGCGGGUGCACACGGGCGAGCGGCCCUAUCCCUGCGCGCAGUGCGGCCGCCGCUUCCGCCAGAAGAUCCACCUGCGCUCGCACCAGAAGACGCACACGGGCGAGCGGCCGUUCCCCUGCUCCGAGUGCGGGCGGCGCUUCCGCAAGAAGACGCACCUGGUGCGGCACCUGCGCACCCACACGGGCGAGCGGCCCUUCGCCUGCGCGCUCUGCGGCCGCGGCUUCGCCCACAAGCAGCACCUGCUGCGGCACCAACGCCUGCACGCCGAGCCGCCCACCGAAGCCGAUGCCGACGCCGACGCCGAGCCGCCUGCCGACGAGAAGCCCUUCCCCUGCCCCGAGUGCGGGAAGAGCUUCAGCUGGAAGAAGAACCUGACGUCGCACCGCCGGCUGCACCUGGAGGGGCGGCCCUUCGCCUGCGCCGAGUGCGGCCGCGGCUUCAGCGACAAGCGGCACCUGACGGCGCACCUGCGCGGGCACAUGGGGCUGAAGCCGUAUGCCUGCCCGCACUGCGACAAGACCUUCAGCCACAAGCCCAACCUGGCCACGCACCAGCGCACGCACACGGGCGAGCGGCCCUUCGCCUGCCCCGACUGCGGCCGCGGCUUCGCCCACAACCAGCACCUGCUGCGGCACCUGCGCGUGCACACGGGCGAGCGGCCCUUCGCCUGCCCGCAGUGCGGGCGCUGCUUCAGCUCCCGGCCCAACCUCAUCGCCCACACCAAGGCGCACGCCGGCGCGCGCCCCUUCACCUGCGAGCAGUGCGGCCGCGGCUUCAGCCGCAAGUCCCACCUGGCGCGGCACCAGGCAGUGCACACCGGCACGCGGCCCUACGGCUGCUCCCAGUGCGCCAAGCGCUUCAGCUCCAAGACCAACCUGGUGCGGCACCAGGCCGUGCACACCGGCCACCGGCCCUACAUCUGCACCCAGUGCGGCAAGAGCUUCAGCCGCAAAACCCACCUGCUGCGCCACGAGCGCACCCACAGCACCGCGCCUGCGCCGCAGCAGGGCUGGGUGGCACCGGCGCCGGCUCCCGCCACGCUCUGGCUGUGGGGCUCCCGGCUGCGUUUCCUGUUAUUGCGUUUUGAUGCCGGGGGGCCGGUGGCCACGGAAGGGAGGGGGCCGGGGCUGUGCUUGCUGCCGCCCUUCCCUUGGCACUGGGCACCUUCCGGCCCCAGGAUGGGUGCAGCCCCCGGGGGAAGGGAAGUGCAGAGGGGCCACAGCGUGGGGCUGCCGGUAAUGGGGGACUGGAGUGGUCGCUCGGGGGCAGAGGGGACAUGGGGGGCUGGCCCUGGAAUCUGCACUGAGCUGGAGCCAGGGGAUGUCCUGGGUAUGCAGGCGCUGCGCCUGGGGCUCUGCAAUAUGCCUGCUGAGCUUGGGAGCAGGGACAUCACUGGAGCUGUGCUGGCGCAGUGCUGGUGCGGAUCCCCACAACCCGACAUGGAGACACGGGCAGAGAAGGGCGAGGAGGGCGACGGCGCGCGCAUCACGGCUCAGCUGCUGAAGGCCAGCACCGGGGAGUUUGCUCUGGAGUCCAUCCUGCUGCUGAAGCUGCGCGGCCGCGGCAUCGCCGACCUGGGCUGCCUGGGCGACUGCACCAACCUGGAGUGGCUCGACCUCUCCGGCAACGCCAUCUCGCAGCUGGGCCCCCUGGCCGGCCUCAAAGCCUUGGCCGUCCUCAACCUCUCGCGCAACCGCAUCUCCAGCCUGGAGCCGCUGGGCUCCUGCGAGAGCCUGCAGAGCCUCAACCUGGCGGGCAACCAGGUGAGCAGCCUGCAGCAGCUGCGCUGCCUGGCCGGCCUGCGGCGCUUGGAGAGCCUUCGGCUGCGCGACGCGCUGGGCCAGCUCAGCAACCCCGUCUGCGCCACCGCCGCCUACCGCACCGCGCUGCCCGAGCUGCUGCCCGGCCUGCGGGACGUCGACGGCGAGCGCGUGUCGGGGCGAGGCAGCGAGCUCUUCCAGCUGUGCCGCGACCUCGACAGCUCGCUGGGACGCGGCCCCGGCCCCGCGCCGCCGCGCGCCGCUCAGCCCUGGGUGCGGGCGGGCUUCUGGGAGCCGCCGCCGCUGCGCCGCAGCUCCAUCGUGGAGGAGGCGUACCGGCAGUUCGGCGAGGCGCUGCGGGAGUGCCGCGAGUUGGGCAGGCGAGCCGAUGACACCAUCGCGCAGGCUGAGCGGGCGCUGAGCGGCACUCACUCUCUCGACGGCCCCUUCCACCGACUGCUCCCUAAAGAGCUGCUGGACGUUGCUGCGGCUGUGGAAGUAGUCCAGCACGUCCUUCACCACGCGCCGCUGCAGCGGGCUCUGCCCGGCGGCCGCCAACGCCAGCACGGCCACGGCGAUGCCCAGCAGCCGCUUCAUCCCCGCCGCGCAGCCCCGCCGGCCUGCUGCCCACCACCGCUUGUUGAUUUUGGUCUCUCAUUAACCAGUUUCCUGGGAACUGCCCCUUUCCGCCCAUCGGACGGCCCUGCGCAGCCCCCGCAGAGGAGGGGCCGCAGCGGUGGCCAGAGGCGCGCGGGGAUGGAUGGCGGCAGCCUUGACCCCAGCGGCAUCGUCAGCUCCGUCCCCAGCACGGCAAAGCCCAGAAAGGCUCUGAACUCAGGCCAGACCCCGCCGCUGGCUCCUUCCUUUCCCCUCGGAGAGCUCGGAGGAGGAGGAGGGUCCGGGCGCCCGCCCAGCCGCUCCCGCUGCGCGCCGCUCCGUGCCGCGCUCACACUGCUCUGCUCUCGCAGGGACCCGCAGCCAUUUGGAGGAAGUUGGGGAAGCUCCAAACCGGCACUGGAAGGUGGAAGGAGAGGACAGCCGCCGCCCCGCGUCACCCCGAGAGUCUGCGUCCCCUCCGUGUGCCAUCUGGGCCCUGGGGGAACCAUGUCUGCGGGGGGGGCUCCCCAGCACCCGACUCCUGCACGAGGGAAAGACCAAGGAAGCGCUCAGGGUGCCGGGAUGCUGCCAAGCACUUCUGUGCGUGGUGAAAACCCAGAGAACAGAGAAAACCAAACCGAACCAAACCAGAAAAGCGAUGGCCAGCUGCUGAAACACCUCUCCUCUCUCCUGGAGCAGCCUGCCCACAUCCUGAACCUGCUGCCUUACCCCAGGCUGAACGAGGUGCCCAGGGCUGGACAUGAACUGGGUUCUGCGGGUGCAGAGAUCCCCUCUGACCCCUGCACAGGCUACAGAUUUUUCAAGCCCGGUGGCUUGUUCGGUAUUAAACAGUCGGAGGAGCCGUUCCCUGAAGGCCAGCAGAUGCAGGAGGACAGCAAGAUCCUCGUGAGCCCCUGUGCAGUUGAGCCUGUCCGAACGAACAAGGUGGAGCAGCCUGAUGAGAAGCCCGGGGUUGCUGCAGGCUCUCUGGAGCUGUACCCCACCGGUGCCAGCAGCUCCAGCCGCUGGUUCCAUGGCGGGCAGCGCGCUCCCGAGCGGGCAGGCACGGAGCGGGACGGCGCGGCCGGCCUCAGCCCGCUGCCCUCCAGGGUGGGCUGCUGGGUGCCCCAGCUUGGCAAUGGCCCCUUCCGCUGUGCCCAGUGCGGGAAGGGCUUCCGCCAGAAGCAGAGCCUCAUCACUCACGAGAGGAUCCACACCGGGGAGAAACCCUACAGGUGCGGGGAUUGCGGGAAGAGCUUCAGCCAGCGCCCCAACCUGCUGACCCACCGCCGCGUGCAUACUGGGGAGCGGCCCUUCCCCUGCACGCAGUGCGGCAAGAGCUUCAGCCAGAAGGCCAACCUCCUGGCCCACCAGCGCAUCCACGCCGCCAACGAGAAGGCGCUGGCGGGGGGUGAGCAGGAGGACGGUGGCUCCGGCAAACCGAAGCUGCGGGCUACGCAGCGCAGCUACCAGGACGACACCCCCUUUGUGUGCCCCGAGUGUGGGAAGAGCUUCCGGCAGAAGCCCAACCUCAUCACGCACCGGCGCAUCCACACGGGCGAGCGGCCCUUCACCUGCUUCCUGUGUGGCAGGAGCUUCAACCAGAAGACCAACCUGGUGACGCACUACCGCGUGCACACCGGGGAGCGCCCCUUCGCCUGCACCCAGUGCGGCAAGCGCUUCACGCAGAAAACCAACCUCGUGACGCACCAGAGCACCCACACUGAUGUCCGCCCCUACCCCUGCGGGCAGUGCCAGAAGUGCUUCAAGGACAAGGUGUCCCUCAAAGCCCACCAGAAGACGCACGCCCCACGCCAGCGGAGGUGCCCGGGCCGGGGUCCGGCUCCCACCCUACCCUUCGGGGCUGCGCCCACACUGCUGCAGCCAGGCAGCCUGGAGCAGGAGGCUCCUUUCAGCUCCAUGCCGCCGCUGCCCGUUCAGAAGAUCCCCGAAGGCCAGGAGCUGUACUCGUGCACGGAAAAGGGCUUCCCCUCGAAGGAGCAGCUGCUGCCCACGCAGCAGGCCCAUCUAGGGGAGCAGGCCUUCCCCUGCGUGCAGUGUGGGGAGGGGUUUUGCCCCAAGGUGACUCUGCUCCGGCCGCAGCAUGGCCCCACCGCCGAGGCUCCUGCUGGCUGCGCUGCAGGCUUCAGCCCCGGCCCACACCUCCUGGGGCACCUGGGGGUGCAGCCUGUCCUCGGGGACGGCACGGCCCCCACACCGCCCACCCCCGGAGCGGAGAAGCCCUUCAUCUGCAAUCAGUGUGGCAACAGCUUUGGCCUGUGGAUCUCCUUGGUUGCUCACCAGAAGACUCACGUGGGCCAGAAGUCCUACCAGUGCCCCGAGCAUGACAAGAGCUCUGGAGAUGAGCUGUCCACCAAAUCUCCCCAGGAGAAAGACAUGGAGGGGAGAGCCUGGCUGUGCCCCGAGUGUGGGAGAAGUUUCGUGCAGUAUGAGCGUUUGGUGAAGCACCGCCAGAACCACCGGGGCCGGGGUCCUUAUCGCUGCGACGUCUGCGGGAAGAGGUUCAGCCUGAAGACCAACCUGGUGACUCACCAGCGCAUCCACACCGGCGAGCGGCCCUUCACCUGCGGCGUCUGCGGCCGCCGCUUCAACCAGAAGGGCAACCUGGUGACGCAUUACCGCACGCACACCGGCGAGCGCCCCUUCGCCUGCACCCAGUGCGGCAAGCGCUUCGCCCAGAAGCCCAACCUCAUCGCCCACCAGAAGACCCACUCGGGCAGGCAGCCCUUCACUUGCCUGGAGUGCCCCAAGCGCUUCAAGAGCAAGCUCUCCCUCCGGGUCCACCAGCGCGUGCACGUGGUGGAGCGGCCCCAGAGCGAGCCGGGCCCCGGCCAGACACCGCCCAGCCUGCAGAGCCACCCCGGCAGCCCGUACCCCUGCUCGCUCUGCGGGGAGUCCUUUGAGGAGCACGGCGAGCUGCAGCUGCACCGGCAGGGCCACGCUGGCGAGCGGGCCGCACGCCUGCGCCGAGUGCGGCAAGCGCUUCCGGCAGAAGGUGAACCUGGCUGUGCACCAGAGGACCCACACCGGGGAGCGGCCCUUCCACUGUGCCGAGUGCGGGAAGGGCUUCAGCCAGAAGGCUCACCUCCUCCGGCACCGCCGGACGCACACCGGUGGUGUGCCGCCCUCCUGCUGCGAGGGGACCUGCCCGGCACACCGCGACGAGCCGGACACCAGCGCUGCCCUGGGGAAGGGACCCGCGCCGCCUGGCGCGCUGCUGCCGCCCUGCUCCCGUGGAGCCGUGCAGGGAUCGCUGCCGCGGGAAGAGCUGCGGCCGGGAGCGCAGCCCGGCCCAAACAGAGCAGAGAGCCCAUCCGGGGCCGCAGACAUCCUUCUGCAGCUGAUGCAGGAAGAGCAGCACCUGGUGUCUGGCUCGCAGCACCCACAGGAGGCGCCCGCUGGGCAGUGCCCCUGCAAGUGCUCCGAGGGCGGGGAAGGGUUGGGUGGGAAGCCCAGCCUGCAGCCGCAGUGCUGCUGCGCCGACUGCGUGACCCAGAGGCAGCUGCUGCUGAAGCCCCAGCAUGACUGCCGUGCUGAGAUCUGGUGCAAGUACGGCGGCUGUGGAAGAAGCUUUGAGGACAAGAGAGUCCUGAGAGUGCCUGAGAGAGCGCACAGCGAAGAGAAAACCUCGCCGUGCCCGAGCUGCUUGUAACGCGCCCGCUGCCACGCGCCCACCCAAGCGAGGGACCGCACCUUGUUGCUCUUGCGGCAGGGACACCAAACCUGGCUCGGUGGGAGCUCGUGCCAAGAGCCAACUGCUGACCAACUGCGGACCUGUAAGAGUCUGAGGCAGGGCAGGCUGCGAGUCCCAGCCUGCGGGGUUCUGGAGGACUGUGGUGGUUCUUGUGAACAGGACACUUGCGAGUGAAGCACCCUGGAGGUGGGGUGUGAGAUGCAGCAGGUUGGUCACGAGGCAGUGGAUGGACUUGGACACAACGCGUGAGCUUUCUGUGUUUUGAACAUACCAAAUUGUAAGGCGGGUGGAGCUGAGGAGCAGCAGGUGCCGGAUCAUGGGUCUGCAGCGCUUCCGCCAGCACCUGUCUGUGAAGAGUUGGAUUGUGCGGGGUGGGGAGGAGCUCGGGAUCCUGCAUGCUGACUUAAGGAUCGCUUCUGCCGUGCAGGAGGCCGGGCAGAGGCAUGUCUGCUGGGGCCUGGCUCCAGGCUGAGCGUUGCAGUCCUGCAACAUGCAGACCUGGCGUGGAGCACAGAGGGGCUUUGGUGGGCUGAGAGCUUCCGCCAGAGCCCUCUGCCCUCAGCAUCCAGACUGACGACCCUCCACAAAAAGGCUGAGGGCCGGAGAGCUGUGCCCCGCUAUUGGCUGCCCAGCAGCGUGGGCAGAGGAGCAGCUUCGCUGGGGGAUGAGCGAGCUGCAGAGGGCAGCGACGGGUCCCUUCCUGCCUCGAGGACCCUGGAGGAUCACAGCUAAGUAUCUCCUCCGAGCCGGGAGGGGUAAUACAGGGUGAAUAUGGGGGGUGGGGAUGGGGAAUGUAGCUUCCGCUUCUGUACUUGCUCUAUGGAUAACCUUUCUGAGUAGCGCCUCUUUCUGGUACUCACCUAACUUCUGCAUAGAUAACCAGGAGUGCCGGGCAGCGGUGUCUGCACUGCCCACAGCUGCGCCCGUGCUGGUGGGCGAGCAGUGUGGAGCUGUCUGGCUGGGGCAGGGCUGUGGGGCAGAGCUUUAGGGAUGGGAGCUGCUGGCCUGGAAGCUGUUCCCGCUUGGAAACGCGCUUCGCAUAAAAGGGGAAGCAAAUCUCGCCUGCUGUGUCCAGAGGGCCCAGCUUGCCACUGCUCCCCUCGCGCUGUGAGCUGUGCAGCCCCAGCCCUAGCAGCACGCCCCUAUUGCUUCGCUCAGCUGCAGAGCCUCCUUGCUACCGUGGUUUGGCAAAGACCUUCGCUGAGGACAUGCGGGUGCUGCCAGCGGUGCCCGGCGCGAUCCUGGGUGCGCUCUGCCUGCCGCCUCCUCCCCUGUGUUGCGGGGGCACAGUGUGAGGGAGGCUGCUUGCUGUGCAGUGAGCAAUCGCCUCGCCGGCUGCCCAGCACAGAGGUGGGGUCUCCGUUCCUGGAGAUGUCCAACACCCAGAGGGACGCAGCCUGGGGCAGCGGCGCGGUGGCCCUGAUGGGCAGGGAUGGAGCAGGCCAUAACCAGAGCUGCUCAGCCCCAGGACUUGGAGCGGCCAGGAGGGCACACCGGGACGGCCCCGCUGGACCUGCGUGCUGGGUAAGGAUGUUUUCUGUUAGCAGAGUGCCCGGCAGGUGGCACGGCCACGCGAGGGAUGGUGGCAUCCUGCCGUGGGGUCCCUGGCUCCAUCCCCAGGCAGGGAGUGGGCAUUGCUCCCUGCAGCGCUCAGCCCCGCUCACCCAGCAUCACGCUCCAGCGACGUUUCAGGUCCUUGCAACUCUAUUUUUUUGAGGUUAUUUAAAAUAAAAGCUUACUCACAGCA